UGUUGUAUGAAAUGGCUGGCUACGCGACUAACUGCUCCAACGGUACAGCGGUAGAUUAUGAGAACGCUGUCUACCCAAUUUCGUUCCAUCAAACGCCCUAAUCCAAACCCUAAAUUAUGCAAAUCGUCCUCUCCGACAAAAUCAGAACUAAAAUUCAAUGCCAAACCAAAAUCAGAGUCAGAGUCAUGGUGCGUUUAUCUCAUCCUCUCCACCAACCAUCCAAUCAAAACCUAUGUUGGGAUCACAAACAAUUUCCCUCGCCGUUUGAAGCAGCACAAUGGGGAACUUAACGGUGGUGCAAAGGCAUCCCGUGCUGGAAGGCCUUGGAUCUGUGCAUGCAUCAUUUGCGGUUUUGCAGACCGAAGUGAAGUUCUUAUCAGUUUUAGGGAAGUUUGCUGCUUAAGGCCAACUCUCCACAGCAAUUGUGUAUCAAAAGAAGUCAGAUUAGAUUACUCACCGAUAAGGGUCUUGUUGUCUUUCCUUUGCUUCCACCGAACCCAUUCUGAGGACUUAAUUCAGUCCUCAGGCUGUUCUUGCUGUAUUUGUGGGUUAUCUUAUACUUAUUGGUUACAACUUCCAAGCUUCUGAAAUUGAAUGGCCUGCAGAAACAGGGCCUUCUUUGUGUCCAGAAAUGAUUACAACUUCUUUGUGAUCAAUUUCCUGACUUGGGAAUAAUACCAAUUCCUUUACUUGAGGAAAUAGAUUACAAAUUAUGAGAAGGUAUACAAAUUACAAUAAGGUGAGGAGACAGAUAGAACGCAGACAAGAAACAGUUUAACUAAUUGGCAAAUAACCCAAUAAACUAAUUAAUUUAUGUUUUUUGUAAUAAAAUCAUUUAUUUUUACUAGCCAAUGGGGUAUUUUCUUAGCUGUAGUAAUCUGAUGAAAUGUAACUGAGUGCUGAGAUGAGAAAUAAGAUGAAAAUUAUGUAUAGAAUUAUAUUUCUCAUUUUUACUGUAUUGCGCUAUAAUCUGUUGUCUUUUUAGGCACCAUAUGUAUCUUUGUCAUAAGGUUGGCUAUUUGAUAGCCAUUUUAAUCUAAUGGUGAUUGGUAAUUUGAGGUAUUUUAUCUUUUGCAAUGGCACAUAAUUCCUCGACUCUUUUGUUUUAUCUUUUGCAAUACCGUGAAUGUUAGAAUUUUUAGUGUGAGUGAAAGUCUUACAUUGGUAGAAUGAAAAAGUAGAACAUCAUAUAAAGUUAAAAAUCUAUUAAUCUAUUGUCUUAAGGUUUUGGGUAGAGAAGUAACAAUUCUUAUAUAGUUGGACUUAGAUCCUAUUGAUGUUGUAUCUCUCAAAUGAAUCUCUUCCUAUCCAACAGUGAAACACUCCUUGCAACCUAACAAUCCAGCUAUCUUUUAUUGAAUUGACUAGGAUACUGAUUCUAUGCAAGAUUAUCUCAUCCUUUUGUAUUUGCUUUGUUAAUGAUUUCAGCAUUGCUAGUUUCUCAUAACUAAGAAGUUGAAGCAUUCUUGUUUCGUUUUUUUCU